UGAAAUGGCGGCGGCGGUGGUGCGGUGUCCGGGCGGGCGGUGGGCGCUGUGCCUGUGCCUGUGCGCGGCGCUGCUGCCGCGGCCGGCGAGGGGCCUCACCGACCGCCUCUACUGCGGCCGCCGAGUCUGCUACGAGGUGCUGGGCGUCAGCCGGCAGGCCAGCAAGACGGAGAUCGCCCGCGCCUACCGGCAGCUCGCCCGGCAGUACCACCCCGACCGCUACCGCGGGGAGCCCGCGGGCGGCGAGGGCGGCGGGGCGCAGGCGGCCCACGAGAAGUUCCUGCUCAUCGCCGCCGCCUACGAGACCCUCAAGGAUGAAGAAACACGUAAAGACUAUGACUACAUGCUGGAUCAUCCUGAGGAGUAUUACAGGCAUUAUUACCACUACUACAGCAGGAGACUGGCUCCUAAAGUAGAUGUCACAAUCGUGAUCCUAGUUACAGUGUGUGCCAUCUCUGUGUUUCAGUUCUUCAGCUGGUGGAGUAGUUACAAUGAAGCUAUCAACUACUUAGCAUCUGUGCCAAAAUACCGUAUACAAGCUACUGAGAUUGCCAGGCAACAAGGUUUACUCAACAAGACUAAAGAAAAAGGCAAGAACAGACGGUCUAAAGAAGAAAUUCGUGAAGAGGAGGAAGAAAUUAUCAAAGACAUUAUUAAAAAUAAAAUAGAUAUAAAGGGUGGUUAUCAGAAGCCCAAGAUAUAUGAUAUCCUUUUAUUUCAGAUCCUUCUUGCUCCUUUUUACUGGUGCAAGUACAUAGUUUGGUACUGUUGGUGGAUUUAUUGUUUCACUAUUAAAGGGCAAGAGUAUGGUGUGGAAGAGAAGUUGUAUAUCAUACGAAGGUACAUGAAAAUGUCUCAGUCUCAGUUUGACAGCCUGGAAGAUCAUCAAAAGGAGACCUUUCUUGAACGGCAGCUAUGGAUACGAGAAAACUAUGAGGUGUAUAAACGAGAACAAGAGGAGGAGCUAAAGAAGAAGAUGGCCAUGGAUCCCCGAUGGAAGAGAUACCGGCGGUGGAUGAAAAAUGAAGGACCUGGAAGACUGACUUUUAUUGAUGAUUGAAAGUUGCUGAAUGAAAUGUGUGUUGCUGAAAGUGAUUUGCAAAACUUUUCAUUACAUCAUUCAGAGUUUUGUCUGCUGUGGCUUAGCAGUGAUCUAAAACUCAGGAACUACUACAUCAGGCCGAAGCAUAAUACAGGUUUACCAUUUUUAUAAAUCAGACCUAUUAAACAGGCUCAGCCUAAUGUAUAUAUACCAUUUACUUGGGGAUAUCAGUGUGGAAUUCAUUAUUCCAAGCAAUGUAUUUUUGCUAGAUACUUCAUCAUCAAUGAAACCAUAACUCUAGUCUUUCUGAAGAUGUUAGUUCAAACCUUGACAAGUUCCAGUUUUCCUCUUUAAAUUGAAGGGUUCUUCAGUGGAAACUGAAAAUGCUUGUAAAGGAUUCCGAAGCAAGGACCAUUUUCAGUUUUCCUCUCUUUCCCACUACUAUUCAAUCUAAUUUCUAAGAUGCCAAAUUGUUUUGGUUUUUUUUUUCCAUGUAAACAAUAUGGGGAUUAUACAAGACUACUGCUACUCCUGCUUCACUUGGAAAUGGAUUUUAUUCUUUGUGGGAAUAAAUGAUGCAUGAUUGAUCAUCAUUGUGAUGCAAACAAGCCUUAAUUCUUUGUUCUACAGAGUAAUUCAUGAAGCAGUAUGCUUGGAUAUUUUGUGGUUUUUCAUCUUGUACAUUGGAUUAUACCUGCUUUUUCAGAACAAGUAUACUAGUGAAUAUUAGUCUAUUAAAUGUGACGUUUCUUUCACUAAAGUAUUGGUUAAAGGGAAAAAUGACCCUUUUGUUUAAAAGGGCAAUUUUGAUGCCUUAUGUAAAUAAAAUUUUAUAUAUACAGACAA